CACAAUCUAGGACCAAACUGGAUGAAAGCAGAGGUGUGGAAUGAGCUUGUUGCUUAUUGGAGUUCUCCAGAGUGGCGAAAGAAGUCACAAUCUGCUAAGAUUAAUAGAAUGACAGUAAAAGAUGGGUCAAUUACAAAACAUGCUUGUGGUUCAAUCAAAAUUGAGAUUCAUGAGGAUCGAUUGACAAAGAAGUUAGGUAGGCCACCAAAUAAGAUUGAAGUAUUUCGAGCAACUCACACCAAAAAGGGUGCUGAUGGUGUAUUCAUUGAUGGCAAAUCACAACGGGUCGAUGAAGAUUAUGCAAGUGCAAUUGUGGAGAAAUAUGGUUCUAAUUCUGAAUCCCCACCAAUAUUUGAUAUGGAUAAGUGGAUAGAAGUAUCUGGAGGGUUUAAUAAAGGAAGGGUGUAUGGUUUUGGGUCUUCUGCAAAAUCUCAAACAAGUGGAUCAUCUACCUCUCAAUCAUGCACAUCUGCUUAUCCUGGGUCAUCUUCUCAGCCUGCGAUGACACAAGAGGAAAUUCAACAACUUAUAGAUGAAAAAGCAUCACAAAUGAGGGCAGAGAUGAUGGCUGAAAUACUUGAUCAGGUGCGAAAGGAGUUAAAGACCACAGGUGGUACUCAGUUUGCAACAUCUUCACAUCCAACCACUUCAGACUCUACAAAUCCAUAGGAUAAUCUAGAUAAUUGAUGAUGUUAUUUAUGUUUCUGUUUAAAGAUAUUAUUAUGUGUGGAAUAUUAAUAGUAUUUUUUCUGAAUAUGAUUGUAUUUUAACUUACAUUUUAUUAAUUUAACUACUUUGUAUGGAUUAUUUUACA